UGUGCGUGCGCGCGCGCGCGCGCCGAUGUACGCCCGCAGCCCGCGGGGGCGCAUGUGCGCCAGUGUGUCCCAGCGUGAGUCUCCGGCCGGUCGAAGCAUGGAGGAGUUAGCCAGAGAGAGCAUCAGCCUGCUGGCCUCAGCCUCGGCCAAGCCCCGCGCGGACGUGGCCGCCGGGCCCCGGCUCGGCUCCAUGGGGGCCAUUUUCAUCAUGCUGAAGUCCGCCCUGGGCGCCGGGCUCCUCAACUUUCCGUGGGCCUUCGAGAGAGCCGGGGGGGUCCGCAGCGCGGUCACCGUGGAGCUGGCCUCCCUCGUGUUCCUGGUCAGUGGUCUGAUCAUUCUGGGCUACGCCUCGUCCAUCAGCGGCCAGCGCACCUACCAGGCGGUGGUGAAGGAGGUUUGCGGGACGGCCAUCGGACAGCUGUGUGAGAUCUGCUUCGUCUUCAACCUCUUCAUGAUCUCCGUGGCCUUUCUGGUGAUAGUGGACGACCAGCUGGAGAAGUUGUGUGGCUCCCUGUACGAGCUGAUAACUGAUAUGCCGGCGUCGGAGAUGCCGCACCACUUCUACACAAACCAGCACUUUGGGCUGGUGCUGCUCUGCCUCCUCCUCAUCCUGCCGCUGUCCAUCCCCAGAGAGAUCAGCAUCCAGAAGUACAUCAGUGGUCUUGGCACUCUGGCUGCCACCUACCUGACCAUUGCCAUCAUCAUCAAAUACCACACCACGCCUUCUGUUGUGGUUCACAUCUCGCCUCUCUACACCAGUGGGAUCAGCUCCUGGUCCUCCAUGUUCAGCGUCAUACCGACCAUCUGCUUCGGUUUCCAGUGCCAUGAGGCGUCCAUCACCAUCUACAGCAGCAUGGAGAACCAGCGUCUCUCUCACUGGGUCUUCAUCUCUGUGGUCUCCAUGAUCUUUUGUCUCGUCAUCUAUUCCCUCACAGGGGCUUAUGGGUACCUGACAUUUGGAAAGGACGUGAAGGCCGACAUUCUGAUGUCGUACACCGGCGACGACAUUCUGAUGCUCAUCGCCAGGCUGCUGUUUGGAAUCUCCAUCAUCACCAUCUAUCCCAUCAUCCUGCUGCUGGGCAGAUCAGUGAUCCAGGACCCCUUGCUAGGCUGGCGGCGGCGGCGGGACGGCGCGGCGACAUCAGAGUUUGAGAGUCGCAGCCGCUACGUGCUGACAGUCAUGUGGAUAACAGCGACGCUGCUCAUCGCCACGUACGUGCCGGACAUCAGCAAGGUCAUCAGCGUCAUCGGGGGGAUCAGCGCCUUUUUCAUCUUCAUCUUCCCAGGACUCUGUUUGAUGUUCGCCAUGCAGUCGGAGCCGGUCUCAUGUAAAACCAGAGUCAUCCUCACUGUGUGGGGGGUGGUGACCCUGCUCUGUGGAGCUUUCAUCUUCGGCCAGAGCACCACUAUCGCCGUCAUGCAGGUCCUCGGGAAGAUCUGAGCGUUCCCCCUCCCGCACGGAUCCAGGGGUUUACAUGAAGACCAGAUCACCACCUCCUUUGCUCUCCCCCAGAGAGGGCGCAGUGAUUCAUGGUCGCAGAGUACUUGGAAAACGGACGCGUCCCCCUGAUGGCCUUUACAACCACCACUAAUACCACUUAAACCCAGUAAACCCCCCUCCCCCCUCCUUCAGCCUCAAGGUACGGCGCCUUCAUCUGGGUUCAUUGUUCCCAGGCGCAGGUGACCAGGAGCUCCGUCUUCCUCUCGCCAUACUGAGAUGAUCUGAUUGAAAUCCUCAGGUAUUUCUGCAGUUUGUUUAUGUUGUUUAUUGAUUGACCAUCACAUUCAUUUUGCGUACCAGCAUUAGAGCAUGUGGGUAAGAUAAGGAGCUCCAACUGAUGGUGGGCUGGUCGCGAAGGACACAUCUGUUUUUUAUGUUGUGUUUCUUGAAGAAUGUAUUCCACUUCAACAGUGGGCACAAUGUUUAAUUAUAAAUAGUUAAAUAACGUUAAACCGACCGGAACGUUGUGCCGAUAUUAAAUGAAAACUAUUAUUAUGUGAGCCCUAAGCCAGUUCCCCCUAGAAUAUGAGCUGAAGGAGGCCUGACUGGGAAAAUGUCAAAGGGCUGCUGGUAUUUACUGUAGAACACAGAGACGGAGCUUCGUACGCCGACUCGUUAAAAUCAAAUAUCCAAGUAGUCAUUCCAAAGGUUAAGAAGAAGAAUUAAUAAUUGAAUAAAACGAUUUUUAUAUGAAA